GCUCACUCAGCGCCCCCCUCAGGAUGAAGGUAACAGCCUUGUGAACCCUGGGCCUGGGCUGAGACCACCACAUCUGAGGCAUGGCUCCAGCACUCUGAUUCCUGGCACCAGCCAUGCUGCUGAGGAGUGGCCCAGGCUUACCAUCGCCCUCAGCCCUCAGUGGCAGCGCCAAUCACUGCCCAGCAAGGUGUAAUUACUUCAAGUCUCCAGAAUGGCAAUCCAGUUCCGUUCACUCUUCCCCUUGGCGUUGCCUGGCAUGUUGGCACUCCUUGGCUGGUGGUGGUUUUUCUCUCGUAAAAAAGACCAGGUCAGCGACCAUGAUGAGAAGGCGGAGGCCUGUGCUGUGGAGCUGAGGGCUGACUCUGCCGUCAAGGAACCACUCUCCAUGGAAGAUGCCUGUCCCAGGGGAGAGUCCACAACCCCCAAUGUCACACAGCCACCAGAUAAAGAAACGCCCACUGCAAGCAAGCCUUCCACAGAGCCCCCCACCUUGCUGCGCACACACCCGGGCUGUCGCAGAUCAGAGUCCUCAGGCAGCCUUCCUCAUGCCACAGACACCAGACCACGACCAGGAACACGCAAAGAUGACAGUGCAAAGCUGGAACUAGCCCUGAUAGGUGAUGAAGCCAAAUCUGUCCCUUUGGAGUAUCCCCUCCCAUCCCCGAAAGCUGCACCAUUCUCCCACGAGGCAUCUGAGAUGUGUAAGCAGGAGCCCAUGUUUGGCAGGACAUCAGGGAGGGGCCGGCCAGGCCAGUCUGUGGCCCUUGCAGAGAAGCUCGGGCCUGGGGAGAAAGCAAGGGAGACAGGGGGUACUGAAGGGACUGGGGAUGCAGUAUUGGGGGAAAGCAUGCUUGAGGAAGUUCUGUUGUCCCAGGAGCAAGCCUUGGAAUUGGAGAACAGCAAAGCACUCAGCCUUGCCUCCUUGGGAGGAGGGGGAGAAGAGGGGAGGGGCAGCCCAGCCCAGGCUGUUGGGCCAGGGCAGAAGGAGGAGUAUGCAGUCGGGAAAUUGUUAAGUAGCUUCAUUGAGUCGGCUCACAUGGAACUGGCUAAGGAUGAAGAGAUACCAGCACCCCGGGUCAGAGGUGACAAGGCCAGGGACAGAGACCUCGUGGGAGAAUUGGGCAGAGAGGAGACUUUGGAGAAAAAUGAGAAGAUUGAGCAGGCUGCCUUCGAGAUCAUCUCCAAGGUGAUCCUGGAAGCAACCGAAGAGGUGCUGGCCACCACGGUGGGCAAGUUAGCGGGCCGCAUGUAUCAGGCCACGGCCAGUCAGCUCCAUGAGCAGGAGCAGAGCACUGCCCCAGGCAGCCAGAAAACUGUCCUGGGGCAAGCCGCCGCAGAAACCACUCCGGCCACGGCAGAGGCAGCCUCAGGCCCAUCAGACACUGCCGUCCUCUCACCAGCCCAGCCAGCAGAGGACCUGCCAUCACCAAAGACCUACGUGAGCUGCCUGAGCAGCCCUCUGAGCAGUCCCACCAAGGACAGUAAGCCAAAGAACUCCGCACACCACAUUGCCCUGGUGCCCUCCACACCACCGGCCAGUCCCCUCCGGGAGUCGCUAGACCAGGCAAGCAUCCUGGUAGAAGAUGUUGCCUGUGUCACCUACGUGUCAGACAAUAGCCAGAGUGUCCCUUCAGUGGCCUCUUCAGGACAGUGCUCAGAUUCUGUCAGCACUUCAGGACUUGAAGACUCCUGCACAGAGACCAACUUGAGCCCCAGUGACAAGGCCAUCACCCUGCCGCUGCCAGAAAGUACUGUGCCCUUUAGCAAUGGGGUGCUGAAGGAGGAGUUGUCAGACUUGGGGGCUGAGGAUGGAUGGACCAUGGAUGCAGAAGCAGAUCAUUCGGGAGGUUCUGACGGGAACAGCAUGGAUUCAGUAGAUAGCUGUUGUGGCCUCCGGAAGACUGACAGUUUCCAGAAUGCCCAGCCAGGCUCCAACCCAAAGAAGGUCGAUCUCAUCAUCUGGGAGAUUGAAGUGCCAAAGCACUUGGUCGGUCGGUUGAUUGGCAAGCAGGGAAGGUAUGUGAGUUUUCUGAAGCAGACCUCUGGUGCCAAGAUCUACAUCUCAACCCUGCCUUAUACACAGAACAUCCAGAUCUGCCACAUAGAAGGCUCUCAGCAUCAUGUAGACAAAGCGCUGAACUUGAUUGGGAAGAAGUUCAAGGAACUGAACCUCACCAAUAUCUACGCCCCCCCAUUGCCUUCACUGGCGCUGCCUUCUCUACCGAUGACGUCCUGGCUCAUGCUCCCUGAUGGCAUCACUGUGGAGGUGAUUGUGGUCAACCAGGUCAAUGCUGGGCACCUGUUUGUGCAGCAGCACACGCACCCUACCUUCCACGCACUGCGCAGCCUGGACCAGCAGAUGUACCUAUGUUAUUCUCAGCCCGGGAUCCCCACCUUGCCUACCCCAGUGGAAAUCACAGUCAUCUGCGCUGCCCCUGGUGCGGAUGGGGCCUGGUGGCGAGCCCAGGUAGUUGCCUCCUACGAGGAAACCGAUGAAGUCGAGAUCCGCUACGUGGACUAUGGUGGAUAUAAGAGAGUGAAAGUAGACGUGCUCCGACAAAUCCGGUCUGACUUUGUGACUCUGCCAUUCCAGGGAGCAGAAGUCCUUUUGGACAGCGUGAUGCCCCUGUCAGAUGAUGACCACUUUUCACCAGAAGCAGAUGCAGCUAUGAGUGAGAUGACAGGGAACACUGCACUGCUUGCUCAGGUAACAAGUUACAGUCCAACUGGCCUUCCUUUGAUUCAACUGUGGAGCGUGGUUGGAGAUGAAGUGGUGUUGAUAAACCGGUCGCUGGUGGAGCGAGGCCUUGCUCAGUGGGUAGACAGCUAUUAUGCAAGCCUUUGACCCUGGCCCCCACAGCCACUUCUUGAGUCUUUUUUGCACCGUUGAAAUUGGGCUUGGUACUCAAGGCAAAGAUAUAACAUCAGAAUAACAAACGUUGUCUUCUCCCGAAAGUCCUUUUUUCCUCCAUACUGUGGUCCUAAUGCAAAGAUGUCUCUUCUCAGAAAAAAAGAAUAGAACUGUGAGUUCUUUUCAAAGCCAUAGGAUGGUGUUUAAUAAGCCAGUUGGCUUAACCUGGUUCUAAGCUAUUAAGAAAAAUUUUUUUGAAGAAAACCAUUGUCAACUAGGCCGUCCUAUCGCCCCUACCCUGUUCCAUUUCUCGCUUCUUCUUUCCCAUCUCCUUACCUACCCAAAACCAGACAUUAGCAGACAGGCCAAGGAAUGUGUGUUACUUGGUUAGAGUUUCUUUUGCUUCAGAAUCAUCAGGGAGCAAGACAUGAACUGACUAAUUGGUAUCAAUUACUUGUACAGCUUAAAUGAAUUGAUGGUAUCAAACCAGUUUUUAUAAACUUCAUCUAGGUCUAUAGGAACACAGACUUUUUUAACACAGGGGUAAACAGGAGGCAAUCAUUACACCUCUGGCCUCGUUUAAUGGGGAGGGAAGUGUUAUCCUGCCAAGCCUGGUUGUAAUUUGUAAGCAUUUUCUAUUUGUGCAAACUCUGUAAAUAUAUGUUUAAAAAAAUGUAAUAUUUUGUACAAGAUACACUGGAGAACAAAGGGAACUCAAGAUUUUUCCAUACCACAUGUCAGCUGUAAGUAAAAGUUCAUUGCAGUGUGCAGCCGCCCAUCCCAGCUCCUGUGCCAGGAGCUCCCAGACUUCCUGCAUCCUGGAUGGGGUGAUUGAAUGGCAAAGACUGUGAUCUGGGUAUUUUUUGCUGUACAAAUUUGUUUAAAAAAGAAAAAAAAAAAGUAACUCAUUGAAUUACC